AUGGGCAGGCAAUCAGCGGCUGCUGCCCACCGCAAUGUGACAAGACUGCACAUAAGACGUAAUGUUUGGGGGCUGUUGUUGCUGCUGACCGCUUCGCUGCUCCAGGCAAGACGCAUCUCGCACAGACGUCUCAUCAUACACGUGCCCGUCAAGAUGAAGACCCAUCAUCACACGCACACCGUCUACAAAGUGUUGCACUCUGCUGGUGGAGGCGGUGGGGGUGGCGGCAUCAAGCAGACUGUCUACAAGGUACUCGGCUAUUCGGCACAUGGAGGUGGUGCCUCUGGCGGUCAUGGCCAUAGCAGCAUGGGCAUGGGACAUGGCAGCAUCGGCAUGGGCAUGGGCAUGGGCAUGGGCAUGGGCAUGGGACACGGCGAAAUCACCUACGAGGACAUGCACGGCUGUGAGAGCGGCAAACUAAUGCCCGGACAUCAAGAUAUGAUAUUUAAUCAUUAUUCUCGCCAUGACGACGAGGACUAUCCCGAGGAGGAGGACGAGUUCAUCGAUGUUAGUGAUGUGCGCGAUGCCUGGAUGUGA